AUGGAAGAUUCUCUACAGUCUUGGACGGAUUCACAUUUUUCGAAUCCUUUCACAACGGAUUCGGUCGGCGAGAAAACUUUAAAAGAGAGGUUUAUAUUUGAAACUCAUAAUAAGGUUUCUCGAAGUCAAAAGUCGACCUCCAAAGCAAGUGCAACAAGCGAUGCAGUGGAGAGUCGACAUAGAUCACGUCUUGUACCUGUCACCACACAUCCUCUGAGCCCGCCAACGCAACCUUCCUCAAACAUAACCAGUAAUGUUCAUAAAGCCUCACCAGGUUCACAAUCACUUACAACCUUGUUUAAUGAGAGCGACAUCUAUUCACUUUUUAAAGCACAAGGACCGACCGCAAUCAGAAAACGUCGUAGCUUGCCGG